UGUUUUCGGUAAAAUGUUUGCAUAAUAAUGUUUGAGCGUUUAAGCGAAAAGCCUGUUUAUAAUUGCUCCGGUUUCAGUUACGAAAUACAUACCUCUUGAAUCGCGGAAAUAAGCAUUCACGACGCAGUCAAAGUCGAACCGGCUGAAGAAAAACCGAGUACCUUGGUGCUCCUGAAAGAGAUGGAGAAUGAGCCACAGCCUGGUACAUUUUCUGCUCCUUUUGUAACCACUUCAGCCGCUCUAAAAUCAUUGGGUUGUGUCACAUACGCCCUGUUCUACAUCUGGCAAGUUAUCGGUUUGAUCCUGUACACCAUUCGUGCCUUUGAAACGAGUCUCUUGGCGAAACAUACCAGCUUUCAGUCGACGUACAUCCCGACGUUUCAUCACUCUGAACAACUGCAGCUGGCCUGGUCCAUGUCUCAGAUACUUAACAAUGCCUUGGUUAUUCUGGCUGUGUCAAAGGUUCCCUCGUUUCUGGGCUGUACCGCCAUCCUAAGAUUGCUUAUUCGUCUACCGGGGUUUUGGAGUCUUCUUUCCUUGUUUGUAAUGACUAUUGUAGGCUAUGGAAUGAUUCUCUCACUGGCAAAUAACAAAAUGGAAAUCGCUUUGAUUAUGGGUUUUGCGAUCGACAAUGGAAUUCAAGUCGUCUUAAUUUGCCUUCUUAAUUUCACCCAGGUAAACCACUCUCGAGGAGAAUUUCCUUUUAAAGUGUUUUGUUUUGUUAAGAUAAACAUAUUCCUUUUGGUUCUGUCGUAUUUCUCAACUUUUGUGAUUGGCUCGGUACAGUUUUCUCUUCGUGUUUAUGGUUUUGAUGAGAACACGGGAAUUUCUGAUGAAUUUCGCGCUUUAUUUAUCGCAGUACGGAGAUUUACGCAGAUUCUAUACUGCUACAAAAUCUUUGUAUUUUACUGGGAAAAGUUCCUUGUUGAUCAUAGGAAUAUCCUACAGUGUCGCUACGAUUAUUUAGAUGAGUUACACGAAAGCAGUGCCACAAACACACAGAGGGGUCUGGGUCAGGCUGCUGGAAUCUCAGUUACCGCAGACCAGAAUGACGUAAUCUAAGGGAUCGAUAAGCUUUGGUCGAUUCUUGCGUGAACAUAUGACUAAACGAUUUUGGUGAGAGUGUUGAAAUAUACUAGUUACGCAACGUUUUCGAGUAGUAUAUCAUGGAAUAUCCUACGAGUCACUUGAUACAAGUGACAAGUAGGAUACUUCAUGGUAUACCACGAGAAAGCGUUACAUAACUAUUUUACACCAUGCCAUAGAAAAUACAGUGGUCAACAAAAUCAAUGGGACAUACGCGCGGCACUUGAUGGGAAGUCUGGGCGUAAUACCGUCGAAUAUACAACGGCUUUCCUGUUUUCUAAUUGGCUGUAUUUUGUGUGGCGUGGUAUAAACAGACAUAUUUUAAAGUAAGUGUUAGUACUUGAAAAGAAUACCUGUAUUUUCUUUGAAGCCUUUAAUUUCAUACCUUACAGCUGACUAGUGUUGAGCGGUACUGAGCCAAUUAUGUAAUAUAAUGAUUUUUGUUUAACAAUGAGCUCUACAAGGCCUAGCAAGAUUUACUUUCUUUCAGUCUCAAUUUUUUUUUUCUUUUCGGUAACUUUCGUAAAGAAAGAAAGUUGGCUAUGCAUAUUAUUCUGCAUCUUCAUGUAAAUACAUAAUAUUUAUAUCGCACAAUUGUCAAAUAUCUGUCGGUAUUUGUAGGACCGUGGCCAGUAUGAGGUAAUCGAAACCGAGGCACUUACCUCAGCCAUUUCUUUCGUUUUAGGCUUUUUAUGGAGGGGUUGAAGGUAAAACACUGCUUAAUACCAGGAAGAGAAUUUAACCACAGUCUUUACCUUUUAUCUUUUAUGUAUCGAUAUAUCUACUAUACAUUUCAAGUUCGCGAAAUUCUACUAAGAACUUUUCAGACGGACAAUAUAUACUUGAAGUUCAUACUGCACAAGUAAUCGCGCAAUAUUGCGACCAGUAGUUUGUCAGUGCACGUGUUUUAUGUAAACCAAUUAAUUCUUAUAGCAUGGGUGUAAAAAUAAACGAUAUUUUUCUCAACAAAAGUGGUUCGCUCAAUCACCUUAUCUCGAAACAAACCACGCAGCCUUGCGAAAAUAUCAAGGAUUUAAAAGAGUUAUAGAAGCAAAAGAAGAGGUGCGGAAUGAGGAUGAGGGGUGGAUUGGGUGGCAAGGUUGACCGGG